CCUUCCUCUUGCCAGCUAAUAGCAAACACAUUUUCUUUCCUGCAAUGUCAGAGGUUUCUUUGAUUCCCAUGUGAAGAUGUAAAUUUUGAUUCUCAACAGCGGGGCAUUAAAUCUUUGGAAAUCUUUCUUCAGCAGCCUAAUUUGACCCACCUACUCUGUUUUUCACAGUGUUAUUACUGUUAUUAUUAUUUUGCUAAAAAGGUGUAUGCUUUGAUCAUUUAAAGUUCAUGAAAAUUUACCAUCAACUUCCACACAUUUCUAUAACCCAGAAAAAGAUUGAAGUUUCAUAGAAAGUUCCCAGCAACUUCUUACCAAGAACUUUUGGAACGAAAUUGCUUGGAUAUGAUUCUUAGCCAACAAUUAUAGAAUAGAGGGGGAGAGAUAUUUCUAAGUAUCAUAAUCACAUCGAAAUUUUUUGCAUUCACCAAUUAGCCAGCCUCAAUGAAUACAUUUCCUUCUUCUUCUUCUUCUUCUUUGCCUCAAUGGAAUUACGAUGUCUUCUUGAGUUUUAGAGGUGAAGAUACCCGCAAGAACUUUGUGGACCAUCUCUAUAUGGCUCUGCAACACAAAGGAAUUCACACCUUCAAAGAUGAUGAGAAACUUGAGAGAGGAAAAUCGAUUCCUUCAGAACUCUUCAAGGCAAUUAAGGAAUCGAAAUUUGCAAUCAUCAUUUUUUCGGAAAACUACGCAUCGUCCUCUUGGUGUUUGGAUGAACUCGUACACAUCGUUGAAUGCAGGAAUAAAGUGGGACAGACGAUUUUGCCAAUUUUCUACAAUGUCGAUCCAUCACAAGUACGAAAACAAAAAGGAAGUUUUGCAGAAGCAUUUGCCAAACAUGAGGAAAAUUUUGGAGACGACAUGGAAAAGGUUCGAAAGUGGAGGGCAGCUUUGGUAGAGGCAGCAAAUUUAAGCGGGUGGGAUUUGAAAGAUGUAGCAAAUGGGCAUGAGGCGAAAUUUAUCCAAAAAAUUGUUCAAGAGAUUAUAAAAAAAUUGGAACAUAUACCGUUAUAUGUUGCCGAGUAUGAAGUGGGGAUAGAUUCUCGUGUCAAUGAAGUGAUCUCUUUGCUAAAUAAUUUGUCAAAGGAUGUGUGCACUGUAGGAAUUUCUGGAACUGGGGGAAUAGGAAAGACAACCAUAGCCAAAGUUGUCUUCAAUCGAAUAUUUCAGCAAUUUGAAAGUUGUUGCUUCCUUAGUGAUGUGAAAGGAGUUUCAGAACAACAGAAUGGUCUAACUGAUUUGCAACAACAACUCUUGAAAGACAUCCUAAUGGAAGAAAAUCUAAAGAUGUCUAAUGUUGACUACGGGAUCAAUGUGAUAAAGAAAAGAUUUUGUUACAAGAAGGUCCUGGUAGUUCUUGACAAUGUGGAUAGUUUGAAGCAAUUAGAAAGUUUAGCCGGAGCAAAUGAUUGGUUUGGUUUUGGAAGUAGGAUCAUUGUAACAACUAGAAAUGAACGUUUAUUGGUGGAGCAUAAAGUAGAUGAAAUGUACAAGGUUGAGUUGUUGAAUAAUGAUGAAGCUCUUCAACUUUUUAGUUGGCAUGCUUUCACUAACAACCAUCCCUUGGAGGAUUAUCGGGAACUCUCAGAAAGUGUAGUAAAUUAUGCCAAAGGCCUUCCAUUAGCUCUUCAAGUUUUGGGUUCUUUUUUAUUUAAAAGAAGUAUAAAAGAAUGGGAAUAUGAACUGGAUAAUUUGAAAAAAAUUCCUAAUGAAAGAAUUCAUGAUGUUCUUAAGAUAAGUUUUGAUGGCCUUAACAACACAGAGAAGGAUUUGUUCCUUGACAUCUCUUGUUUCUUCAAAGGGUAUGAUAAAGAUUAUGUAAUGAAUAUAUUGGGUAGUAAUGGGUUUCACCCACGAAUUCCAGUUCUCAUUGAAUGGUCAUUGAUAACUAUCUCAUCACACAACAAGCUGUGCAUGCAUGAUUUGUUACAAGAAAUGGGUAAGGAAAUUGUUCGUCAAGAAUCACCUGAUGAUCCUGGCAAACGAAGUAGGUUGUGGUUUUAUGAAGAUAUCUAUAAAGUGUUCAGAGAGAAUACGAUGACAGAAAUAAUUAAAGGCAUUAUGCUAAACUUGCCUGAUGAUCAUGCGCCAGAAGAGUUACAUGUAGAUGUGGAUGUCUUUGAGAAGAUGAAGAAACUUAAAUUGCUCAAACUCAGUGGCGUACGAUCUUGUGGACAACUUACAUAUCUUUCAAACGAAUUAUGUUAUCUCGAUUGGGAUUAUUACCCUACAAAGUUUUUGCCAUCCAAUUUCCAUCCAAAAAAUCUUGCGGAACUUCGCCUAUGUCACAAUCAAAUCAAAGAAAUAUCAUCAAGUAUCAAGUUUCUAGAGAAGUUAAAAUACCUUGAUCUUAGUCACUCCUUAUAUUUGUAUAAAAGUCCUGACUUGUCUAGUCUCCCAUAUCUCGAGCAAUUAAAUCUUAAAGGAUGUAAAAAUCUAAUUGAGGUCCACGAGUCGAUUGGAGUUCACGAGAGGCUUGUUUGUUUGGAUCUCAGGGACUGUAAAAAUCUAAGGAGUCUCACAAAAUACAUGAAGUUGGAAAAGUUAGAAUCUUUGAAUCUAUCAGGAUGCUUAAAACUUGAGAAAUUUUCAGAGAUUCAGGGGCGUAUGGAUCGUUUGCGGGAACUUUAUUUGGCGAAAACUGCAAUAAAAGAUUUGCCUUCAUCAAUUGAGCUUCUUGAAGGGCUUCAGGAUUUUGUGGUAGAUAAUUGCCAAAAGCUUAAAAGGGUUCCAAGUAACAUAUUUUCUAGAAUGAAGGAUUUAAAAUCCCUUCACAUGGGAGGAACCGCUAUAGAACAGUUACCAUCGUCCAUUGUGCAGUUGUAUAACCUUACUUACCUUUAUCUACCUGAUUUACCAAAAUUGUCUCCCAAAACGCUAAAUUCAUUGGUGCCAUUUUCAUUGGUGCGAAAGAGAACUCCCGCUUCAACUAAUUAUUUGCAACUGGAACUGCUCUCCGCUUUGAGCACUUUACGUGUUUUAAAUUUGAGGAACUGCAAUUUAUCAGAAGAAUCCUUUCCCAUGAAUAUUGGCUGUCUACCUGGUUUGAAAUCAUUAGAUUUAAGUGGAAGCAAUUUGUCUAGCAUACCAACUAGGCUCAUUCAACUCAAUUGUCUCAGACGCCUUGAUUUGGAACAUUGCACAAGCCUCCGAACGUUGACUUCACUUCCGCCAUCUAUUGAAGAAGUGAAUGCACAUGGCUGCAAAUCAUUGGAAAGGUAUUGGAUUCCACGAAGUGGAAUUGGUCCAAACAAUCGCGAAUUCAUAUUCACUGAGUGCCACAAAUUGGUUAUGGAUGAGAUGGAUAACAUGCCAAAUAUAUCAUCACAAAGUCAGCUUCAGGGAAUUCAAUGGAUCAGUUUUCCGGGAAGUGAGAUUCCGCAAUGGUUUAGGCACAAGAGUGAAGUUGAGGGGUCUUCUUUGUCUUUGGUGGUAGAUCAUCAUCAUAAUGUCAAAGGAAUUGCAAUAUGUGCUGUUUUGGAAUUUGAUAGAAUUUACUCGAUUGUAUUUGACCUCAAAAUCAACGGUUAUUACGUGAGGUGGUGGAAGAAAGAGAGUUAUUCGUAUGGGAGAUGUAAAGGCAAUCACGUUAUUUUGACGAACGUAACUGAAUAUUACGAUGAGUUGUCUAAAGACAAACAACCAAUUAAAAAUUUGAUGAAGAAGAGACCAAAGCUUAGCCCAGGCCCUCCCAAUAUUUGUGAUGAUGACAGCUGUUACAUUCAGGCUUCAGUUUGGCAAUACUUUGACCACCCAAUAUCACUAAGAGAAGAAAAGAAGGUGAAGAAAAUGGGUAUCCAUCUAAUUAUGGAGGAGCAAGGUGAAGGUGAAGGUGAAGGUUAACACAGAAUUCCUAGAAGACAUUUGUAUGUUUGUGAAGCACCAUCCUAGCAUUAGGAGGCAAAGAAAGGAUCAUUUGAUACUUUUUAUUUUCAUUUUUGUAUACAAGAAGCUCUGUCUGUUGUAAUAACAAUUUCAAUUGUGAUGGAAAAUGUUUUGUUGGUACGUACCAAAAUCUUUUUGCUCAUAUAUGGAUUAUAAUUUCACUUCAA